AUGAAGUUAUUUCUUGUUUUAAUGUUAUGGCAAAUGAGUUUCUAUACAACUCAAGCCGACUGUAAUGAUCAUAACACUUGCAAAUCCUGUGCGAGUGAGGACUCUUGGAUCGGGUCAUGCAGAUGGUGUGAGGACACCCGGUCGUGUCAUCAACUAGAGUCUGGAUAUGAUCAGUGUUUUGUUUGCAGCAAUAAUUCCUUAUCAACAAAAUGCAGCAUUACAGAACAAUCAGAUUGCGGCACAAACAUUAAAGACGGAGACGAAACUAAAUACUUUGACGCAAAAGAAGCUUAUGACGCAUUGCUUUUAUCAGCAAUUGCCUAUUCGGAUGACCCAACAUCUUGCAUGGGGAAACAUUUUCGGACACAAGAUUUACAGCUAGUUGAAGUGAUUGGAAUGAGAUGUAACGACAUGCAUUUUGAUUAUAAAGAAUGCUUUGCGUUGUUAGCUGUUUCCAAAUUUAAACGCACGAUAUAUCUUGCGUUUCGUGGUACAAGUAAUCCUGAGAAAAUGCUGAGAGAAAAUCUAACAACUUUUAAUUCUUAUCAUCCCACAAACAUCCGAGGGAAAAUUCAUAGUUAUUUUGGAACAGCGAAUAAAAGAUUGUACAGUUGUGUUUCUCAAGGAUUAGCAGAUGUAUUAAAAGAAUAUACUACUUACAAAAUUAUAAUAGUUGGGCAUUCAGUUGGAGGAGUUUUAGCUUCAAUUACAUCUGCAGAUCUUCUUUAUGAUGGGCUUAUUUAUAAACAUAAAACUACUCUGUAUACAUUUGGUAUGCCUCGCCCGGGCGAUAAAGAAUACGCAAAAAAUCAUGACUUUUUUGUUCCUCAUAGUUAUAGGGUAGUACAUUAUCAAGAUAUUAUAAGUAAAUCUCCGCCAAGGGAUGUUGGUAGCUUUCAUCAUCAAUUGGAAAUUUACUAUGGGAAGGAAAUGAAUGUCGAAUCACAUUACGUGAUUUGCGAAAGAUACGAAGACAAAAGCUGUGUAAACGGUGAGUCGAACAUAGAAUCGAUUUUUUCUAUGAAUUAUCACAAGAACUACUACGAAAUAACUGUUGGAUCCUACUGUCAAACGACAGGAGGAUCAAAUAAAGAUAAAGAAAAACAAUCUGCUUUAUUCGACUUGUUUAAUGACAAAACAUGUCGCCGAAUCAAAAGACAUCUUAUUCCUACGAACAAAUCGUCUAUUCAGGACGGUACAGCAGGAGUUCUCACAACACUCAUGAUAAUUUGUGCUGCCUGGAAAUUAUAA